UCGGGUGCGGGUCUCUUUAGGGGGCGCCCUUCUCUGCCGGGCCCCCGCCAGCGACCGGCGUGGGGCGCCCCCUCUCCCAGUGAGGGCGGGAACCAGAACAGUGUCGCCGGCCGCCUGCAGGUGUCUCCCCACGGAGGGGCGCGCGUCCCUGCGCCGUGGCCGCUGCCAGGCGCCAGCGGCUCCUCGCCGAGGUGCACUCGCGCUCCGGGCUCCGGGCGCGCAGGAGCCGCUCCGCCACCGCCCGCCCCCCGCGCCCCCACCCCGGGGGCGGGGGCAUGGGCCAGCGCCGCGUCCGCCGCCGCCCAUCGCAGGCGCCCGAGCCCCGGGGCGCGGCGGGCAGCGGCCGCUGACGCGGGGCGCCGGCUGCCAACUUCGCGCGCGGAGCUCCCCGGCGGCGCAGUCCCGGCGGCGCGGGCGGCAUGAAGACGAACCGCCGCGGCCGAGCGCUUCUGGCCGUGGCCCUGAACCUGCUGGCGCUGCUCUUCGCCACCACCGCCUUCCUCACCACUCACUGGUGCCAGGGCACGCAGCGGGUGCCCAAGCCGGUCUGCGGCCAGGGCGGGAGCACCAACUGCCCCAACUCGGGCGCCAACGCCACGGCCAACGGCACCGCCGCCCCCGCCGCCGCCGCUGCCGCCGCCGCCGCCGCCGCGGGGAACGGCCCCCCUGGCGUCGAGCUCUACAGCUGGGAGACAGGCGACGACCGAUUCCUCUUCAGGAAUUUCCACACCGGCAUCUGGUACUCGUGCGAGGAGGAGCUCGGCGGGCUCGGUGAAAAAUGCCGCAGCUUCAUUGACCUGGCCCCAGCAUCAGAGAAAGGGGUCCUGUGGCUGUCGGUCGUCUCCGAGGUGCUCUACAUCCUCCUGCUGGUGGUUGGUUUCAGCCUCAUGUGUCUCGAGCUCUUCCACUCCAGCAAUGUCAUCGACGGGCUCAAGCUCAAUGCCUUUGCGGCGGUCUUCACGGUGCUCUCAGGCCUCCUGGGAAUGGUAGCCCACAUGAUGUACACGCAGGUGUUCCAGGUCACCGUGAGCCUCGGCCCUGAAGACUGGAGGCCCCAUUCCUGGGACUACGGGUGGUCCUUCUGGAUGGAGAAGGGGGAUGGGCACGAGGAGGACUUUCGCUUGGAUUGCCGCCACGAGAGAUACCCUGCCCGAUACCAGCCACACAUGGGAGAUUCCUGGCCCCGGAGCUCUGCACAGGAGGUGCCAGAGCUGAACCGCCAGUGCUGGGUCCUGGGGCACUGGGUGUGACAGCGACCAGCCUGGCUCCAGACCUCGGGCCGUCAUCGGCACCAGCCCCCUGCUGCAAGACCACUGGUCUGGCGCCUUUGGAAACCUGGCCUGUGUGGGACACAUGUGGCCUGCCCUGCCCGCAGCUGCCUGGGUCUCAGGGUCCUGGAAACGGGGCCAGGGCAGCCAGAGGGACUCCGGGACAGCAACUCCUAACUCUCGCCACCGCCACAUGCAGAGCCCUGCUGGGUGCAGCUGGGAUGCCGGGAGAGACACAGACCUCGGCCACCAAAAACCUGGGACCCACGAGCCAGCCGGGAAGUUCAGGAGGUCCCCAGUGUGCAGAGCCCUGCGGGGGGCAGGGAAUGGGUGGGGCUUCCUGAAGGAGGGGCAGUGGCGGUGGCACCAGGGGCAUCACACAGCAGGCACACAGCAAGGGCUCAAUAAAUGCUUGUUGAAUCUG